AUCAAGUUCAAGGCACAGAGAUUCCUGGAUCUCCAGGGUUAGAGACCCCUGAUGUGUUUGAGUUCAGUGAGGAAGUACUUGAGAGGAGCACUUCACCUCAGACCCUCCAGGGUAGUGGUAAAGGAAGAAGGACACAGGAACAUGCAUCCCACCUCAGGUAUGUUUAGAAAGGGGAACAUGAAUAAUGAGACAUUCGAGGGUUGUGUUAAGCUGGCAUAUUGCAUGUCAGCACUUGGUCUUUGAAGCAUUUAAAGCAGUCGGUAUGGAGUUGUUUAUAUUUUAAAUCGCUAAACUUUGCAUUGACAUUUUUACCAUUGCACUGCUAACUUGCAGUAAUUACUUAAAUGAUCUAAUCCACCAAAAAUAGAUGUCAUUGCUAUGCAGAAUUACAUGUAAAUAUUGCGUCUUUCCUUCUUUUAGCUAUCUGCAAACACAUUUAGGUUUGUGCAUGAAUCCUGCAGCAGACAUGUUGUUGUGUGUGCUGAUGUUGCAGAGUUGUUUACAUGUGCAUUGUUUCUACUUUCUUCACAGACUCCAGACUGAACCCUAACAUGCCCCUGUCUCCUCCAGCAGCUGACUCACACCAGCAGGGCUGCGUCAGGAUGAAGCUGGAGAACACUGAUCUGUGGAAAUCCUUUGACAGAAUUGGAACAGAGAUGAUUAUAACAAAGCAUGGAAGGUAGUCAACAUUUUCCAACUUAAGAGAUGCUGUAAUUUUAGGCUUGCAGCAGAGUUUUUUUUCUUUUCUUGCCUAAAGUCUGGAAUAUUUAUUUCAGGAUGGAAGUAGUUGAGAAACCUGCUUUGCAAAAAAACUAAUCUGGAUGUCUUGAUUUGUUUCAGGAGAAUGUUUCCACACUGCAGCAUCAGUGUCUCUGGGCUCCACCCUUUGGCAAAUUAUGUCAUCAUGGUGGACAUGGUUCCUGUGGACAACGUCAAAUACAAGGUGAAUACAAAUGCAUCAAAAAACUGAGCGCUGUUUGCACCAUCUCACUUCCUUACUUCAGGCAAAGUCUGUUCACUUAGUGUGAAGAGUUUUGAUGUCUUGUUUUGCCUUCUGUAUGGACUGAGCCCAGCGGAGGAUUACAGUAUGUAAAACACAGCAGUCUGCAGCCAGACACGGGCCUGCCCACUCUGGGCCGUUCACCGCUGCAUUUCAAAGCCUUUCAUUGCUUCCUGUUUGUGCGCUCUCGGCUGGAGGCCCAAUCAAUUAGCAUCCCUCCCUAUUCACAGUGGCUAAAUGAGCAGUCGGCCAUCCAUCCACUCAAAGGCUCUCACUUCAACUGCUGUGGCCCAUUUGGUCGCAGGUAUUGCAGUUAGCACGCACUUGGAAAAGAAAGUACUACAGAAGAGCAACAAAGGAGUUUGGACUCUCCAGUGGUAGAAACAAGGUCUUUAUUUCAGCAGCCUUUAAUUAACCCUCCAGUUAGAAGGUUUUUAUGUACUUGCGUCUUAUUGCAGUGACAAUGUGAACAUUUGGGUUAAAUCAGGUACUCUUAAAAUUGCAGUCUGUUAACCUUGCAUCCCUCCUCUUACCAUUUUCUCUGCAGUGGAAAAAAGAGCAGUGGGAGGUUGCAGGGAAGGCCGAGCCCCAGCCUCCGUGUCGGACAUACAUACAUCCCGACUCCCCUGCACCAGGAAGCCACUGGAUGAAGCAGUCCUUGUCUUUUCUUAAGAUGAAGCUCACCAACAACACCCUGGACCAGCACGGUUAUGUAAGACACAGUCCUUCUUUUGUAGAUAAAAUUCUAUUUUGAAUGUUUUCACCUUUUGCUCAUUCAACUCUUUUUUUUACACCCUUCAGAUCAUCCUACACUCCAUGCACCGCUACUACCCCAGGUUUCACAUCACCCAGGCGGACAGUCCUUACACAGUCCGCUGGGGCCCAUUUCAGACCUUCUCCUUCCCUGAGACAGUCUUCACUGCAGUCACAGCCUACCAGAACUCAAGGGUACAAGUUUAUCGGACAACUUUAUUCAACAUUACCCCAAAAUAUGUUAAGUUAGAAACACACUGAUAAUUUUCUUUUCUUCUAUUUAGAUAACCAAAUUGAAGAUCGACCACAACCCCUUUGCUAAGGGAUUCAGGGAGGGAGGAACCCACUCCCACAGCAAAAGGUAGGGUUGAGAUUUUGAAAAUGGAUCAAUGUUUUUGCAGGUUAAAGUCAAAGGUUGUUUUGUGCUUCUUUCCCAGUUAAUUUGGGUAAAUAUUGUCUCCCUGUUUACACUCUUCUCAUUUUUUAAGUUAAAUUUCGUCAAAGUCCAUGUAGAAAAAAGAUUUUUCCUUUAGGACCUUUAGGCCGUAGACAUGCUUUAAUUUUUUUUUAAAUGUGUUUCAUUCAUAGAUGUCGCUCAAGUGGAAGCCCUCCAGCAAAAAGAGCCACACUGCAGAAAAGAGUUAUUUCCAGAAGUCCACCAUGUAAGUGAUCCUAAAGCUUUUUAUCAUACUUUUUCUUAUAAACCAAAUCAUCCCCAUCAUUCAAAGUGCCCGUGUUUUGAUACUGUAAGAUCCUCAUCAGCACUGUAUUUCCCUUUCAGGCCUGCAGAGGAUGCCCUCCACCUCUCAGUCAGAAGAAGCAGGGAAAAGCCAGUCAGUGAAGGAAGGGGACCUCUCAGGCUGGGCUCUGGAGCAGGACCCCACUGAGAGUCUCCACGCUGAGCUCCUGGAGCUGCCAGAGAAUGACUACGGCUGUGAGGAACAGAUGGUGCCCGCCUCUGUGCCAUACCAGCCUUACAGGUAUGAGAUAAGACACUGAGGAGGAGAUUUGAUAAAGUGAUUACAUUCAUUAAAAAACAACAAGGCCUUAAUAGUUACUCAGUUAUGCUGCAACCACAGGAACCCUCAAAACUACACGACUGAUUAAAGAUGCAUGCAGGGAUGGUAAUCAUAAUUUUAACAGUAGUGUCACUUUCAUGCCUUUCAGAUCCUUGGAGUAUCCCAGGUAUGCAUUACCCCCUAAUGACACAGAUGUAGCCCCUACCUCGGUCCACCCUCCACCUCAUCCACUCGCCAUACCUGAGCAACAGCUACAUACAAGCUACUACAACCAUCCUCACCAACACAACCAUGCAGCGGACUGGAGCCAGUACCCUCUCUUCUCCUACUCCUGCUGGUGACCUCUGAACCACGUCACUGAUAGAGGACGGAUCCAGGACAGCACUGGAGCAUGAUGUUACUGGUAGAGAAGGGACUCCAGUGGUUUGUUUUCAGAGUGUAUAAUUGUGUAUAAAGUAUACUUACUGAUGAUUGAAUUGUAUGUAGGAGGUUAUUACUGAUUCUCUCAGUUUUCGUAAUAUGAAUCUGAUCUGUGUUUGUAAAUCCCUGAACACACACGUUUGUCGAACCCAUGGCACAGUCGUGUUGAAGCAGCAGAUGAAUGUAUAUUGUAUAUCAUGAGAUACAUUCAGUCAACUGGGAAAUAAAUGUAUGUUAUUAAAUCUGCAGGUUUGAUAUAAAAAGAGUCUUAUAUAUUAUGUACCAGACUUUUAAUAAGACUGAAAGUAACAGAUGAAGUAUCAAGGGUUGAUUCUGUCUUUAUAAACGUCUGACUGCUGAAAUUGCUUUAAGGCACAUGCAAGUACUGAG